AUGCCGCUCAUUUCCGCAGCGUCAACCCAGAGCGUCCAAACGAGCCUCUCCGUCUCCGGGGAGAGCUCUGCGACCUUCACCGCGCAGAAGCAGAGCAUCUUCCGCAUUGGCACCGCGCGCGCGCUCGGUGUGCCGGUCCUAUCCGUCGCGCUUCUAUCUUUGGACGGGGUUCCUCUCCAAGCCUCGUUCCGGCGGAGACUCCUGGACGCCGCCUCAGGCCCGCAGAGCGUCAGGAGCGCGGUUGCGUCCGGCGCCGUGGACGCGCAGCUCCGAGCGGGCGGCCUGGCGGUGCAGGCGGCGCUCGCGGCCGACGUGGCGGUCGUCACCCUGGCCCCAGGUGACGUCAUCCACGACCGGCGGAGCGCCGUCCCCCCGGCGAUCGGCUCCUUGGCUGACGUCACCGUGGACCAGGGGCAGCCGAUGCCGAAGCAGAGCUUCACGGUCACGACGUCGGGCAAGCUGGGCGUGUCCGUUUCGGCAUCGGCGUCGAACAGCACGCUCGUCCCGAGCAGCAAUGUUCUCGUCACUUUUGACGGCACUGCCUACGGCGUUCAAGCGAACCCAGCACCCGGCCAGAGCGGAACCACGUAUAUUCUUGUCACGGCAACGGACACGGCUGGCUCGUCCAACAGCGAAGCCUUCAUGCUGGCUGUCAGACCGGCACAGGCGGGAAGCACCAGCGGCGCGGGGAUCGUUAUCUACGCGGCCGCGGCUGGAGGCGGGGGCCUUCUUCUCCUCGUCGCAGUCGCGGCAGGAUUCUUCGUUCAUCACCGCCGAAAACGGAACAAGGUCAACCAAGUUGUUUCAGUCGCGCCGCUGCCAGGCGCAGCCGUUGACAGAGAUGCAGUCCAGCCCUUCGACGCACCCGCAGCGCUUGAUGGAAGCAAAGCACCAGUACCAGCGCCUAACGUAGCCACUCCGAGCGCACCACUGACGUCUGCUGCCGACUCCGACCCCGUGGCCUCUCCUCGUGGACAGGCUGACCUCGGCCUGCCGAUCAGAAGUGACUGAAUUCAAUGCAUUCGUCACUCUCGUAUCUGGCAAACUAGGGCCACUGCAUUUCUUCCACUUGUAUGCGCUGUGGAGCAUCAUUGAUCCCCCCAUCCGAUAGUUGACAAUUAGUUAGCCCCUUACCGUACCAUACUUUGACUACCGUAUAUUGCUCUUGCUGGGAUUAAACAUUCUUGCUCGAGAUCUUGAAUUCUGCCG